GCACUGCCCGAGGGCCCGGGGUCAAUAGGGGGGCCCCAUGAGAUGCCCCUGGUACCUUUUUCAUAGGCUUUUUUGAGUUUGGGCAAGGACACAGGGGCCCCAUGAUUCCCCAGUGCCCAAGUUUCCAAAUGGUCAGUCCGCCCCUGGUGAAGAGUACAAAGAAAAAUGCAUGGUGCCUAUAGUGAAACAUGGUGGUAGCAGUGUCCUUCUGUGGGGCUGCAUGGGUGCUGCUGUUAUCGGGGAGCUGCAUUUCAUUGAUGGUAUCAUGAAUUCACAGAUGUACUGCUCUAUAUUGAAAGAGAACAUGCUA